GUCUCCAGGCUCACAGGGCAGCGGCUUGCCGUAAGGACUCUCUAACCGCCAUUUCCCUAAGGCUGACCCUGCGCUGCGUGAGUAUAGAGCAUUCUAUGGCCUUGGAGAAGGCCCCGCCUCCGUACGCCUCUGGCAAGCAACUUCCAGGCGCAGAGGAUGGAGCGGCUACCGAAGCUCGCUGUCUUCGAUCUGGAUUACACGCUCUGGCCAUUCUGGGUGGACACGCACGUAGACCCCCCAUUCCAUAAGAGCAGUGAUGGAACUGUACGAGAUAGGCGAGGCCAGACUAUCCGGCUGUAUCCAGAGGUGCCCGAGGUCCUGGACCGAUUUCGGGAGCUCGGGGUGCCCGUUGCAGCCGCCUCACGGACAGGUGAAAUUGAAGGGGCCAACCAGCUACUGGAGCUCUUUGACCUUGACAGAUACUUUGUUCAGCGGGAAAUCUAUCCAGGCAGCAAGGUCACACACUUUGAGAGGCUGCGGCAGAAGACUGGAGUUCCUUUCUCCCAGAUGCUCUUCUUUGAUGAUGAGAAGCGGAAUAUUGUAGAUGUCAGCAAACUGGGUACUGAGUGGUGUUACCUGCAUUCAUGUCCAGAAUGGAAUGAGUCUUCAGGUUCUAACUCAAGGAUUAGAGACAUUUGCAAAGGCCCAAGCUGGACCCUGAGGUCCAGUCCUAUGGAUGAGCCUCAUUUGAGGCAUAAAACUGAAGGAAAUCAGGAAGGCAUUUUCAGGUGCAUGUGUAAAUUAUUAAAAUGUGUUUGUGUGUGACAGAAGAAAUCUUA